AUGACGAGGAUACUUUUGCUUUUACAUCCUACUGUUGUUACUGAUGCUCAUUUAGUAGAGUCUAUCAAAUCAGAUAUUGCCAAGAACCACGAUGGGAGCUACGCCAUAGACCAACAGGUUAUCAAUCGAGUUACUCAGGGUGAUGUCAUACUAGAUAACGCUUCGUAUAAUGAGAUCGACUAUAUUAAUCCAAAUGAAGAUGAGUAUCGUGAGAUGCCACUACUGUUGAUCAAGUUAUUAUUUGAUUUAUUGGCCACUGAAGGUGGAGUUGUAAAGGGGGAUUUACCAAAAGAUCAGAACUUGGAUGUUCUAAUGCAAGGUUUCAUUGUUGAAGAAGAUGGAUCUUGGACUAAACCUGAGCCAAUAACUGAAACUGUCUCAUUGAAGAAGAAACUGGGUAGUGGUGUGGGCGGCAACUAUACUCAUUUGAAUGGUGGCUCAACUGCAAAGAAAUUACCCAUGUUUAAGAAAUUGACUGAUCAAAAUGCAACGCCAGGAUUAACUGAUACUUCAGCAUCAAAUACUGAUGAGGAGAAUGAAAACGGAGGAAUGAAGAGAAAAUUAGUUGAGACUAAGCUUACAUAUUUCAGCGAGUCUGAUAAUGAUGACGACGAUGAAGGUGAUGAAGAUGUAGAAGAGUACAUCAAUGAAGAUGAACUAAUACAAGAUUUGAAAAAUGAUAAUCUUAUCAUACCCAAGAAAUGUGAAUUACCAAAUGGUAAAAGAAGAAGAAAAGCAUGUAAAGAUUGUACUUGUGGGUUAAAAGAAUUGGAAGAAUUGGAGGACAAUAAACAACAAACGCUUCAGAACUCAAUAUUGGGUAAAAUGGCCCAAUCAGCCAGUUUAGAGGCUGAGAAAAUUGAAGCUAGAUUAAAACAAAAACAAGGAGAAAAGAUUAAAUUCAAAGAGGAGGAUCUUACUGAAAUUGAUUUUACUGUCAAGGGUAAAACUGGUGGUUGUGGAUCUUGUGCUUUGGGUGAUGCUUUUAGAUGUGAUGGAUGUCCUUAUUUGGGUUUGCCUCCUUUUAAACCGGGUGAAGCUAUCACAUUGGAUGGAAUGGAUGAAGAUAUUUAG